CCCCCGCCCCGCCCCGCUGGCGGCGUGACCCGGAAGCAGUCGUGGUUAGAGCUGAGGGUGGCAGGGCCCGCGUCCCCGCCAUGGCUCCCAAGGGCGGCCCCGGCGGGCGGCAGCAGUCGGAGGAGGAUCUGCUCCUGCAGGACUUCAGCCGCAACCUCUCCGCCAAGUCCUCCGCGCUCUUCUUCGGCAACGCCUUCAUCGUCUCCGCUAUCCCCAUUUGGCUUUAUUGGAGGAUAUGGCAUAUGGAUCUUGUUCAGUCUGCAGUCCUGUAUAGCGUAAUGACCCUCAUCAGUACCUAUCUAGUAGCUUUUGCGUAUAAGAACGUCAAGUUUGUUCUCAAACACAAAGUAGCACAGAAAAGAGAGGACGCUGUUUCCAAAGAAGUUACUCGCAAGCUGUCUGAGGCAGACAAUAGGAAGAUGUCUCGCAAGGAGAAGGAUGAAAGAAUUCUGUGGAAGAAAAAUGAAGUUGCAGAUUAUGAAGCAACAACUUUUUCCAUCUUCUACAACAAUACUCUUUUUCUGGUCUUGGUCAUCAUUGCUUCAUUUUUUGUGCUGAAGAACUUCAACCCCACUGUAAACUAUAUUCUUUCUAUAAGUGCUUCAUCUGGACUGAUUGCUCUGCUAUCUACAGGAUCCAAGUAGACAAAAAAAAACCCCACAGCAAUUCAUUUCUGUGAGGGGGUUCAACUGCCAUACAAAAGUUUAAGGGUGGAAUAGGAAUACAUGUUUUUUAUUGUGUGACUUCUUGAGGGUAUGGGGGGGGAGGCUUUGAAUCCAAAAUGGUUGAAUUAUAUUUACUUUACAUGGUAUUAUUCAAUAACUGAAAUAAUCAAUUUUUUUACUUAGCAAUGAAAGGAAAUGGCGUGUAAGCAGUUAUGAAACGUAACCUUUCUGAAGCACUGCAUGGGUGUGAUGGUACUACAGACUGACUAUUAGACAGGUACACUGUAAGGGACUGCUACACAGCAGUACAAACGGUUGUACUUAAAACCUGUAACAGAAUUCCUCUGUAAGUUUGGUGACUGGUAUAACAGUCAAACUCACUGAUCAUAAAAAGUGACAAUCCACCAUUUAUCAUUGUAACUUGAAAAGUUUUAAUAAAAAGAAGGCGCUUUUUUGUCAUUUAA